GGCAGCUCCACCGUGGACGAGUAUAUUCGCACUUUCACCCGGAUGUGUCUUUUUGCUGGCGAAUCGGUGAAUACCGAUGCCAAGAAGGCCCGCAAGUUUCUUAAGGGGCUCAAUCAGAGGAUCCGUGAACUGGUGGGAAGUCACGGAUUGAUGUCUUUGGCCGACACUGUGAGUCGGGCUCAGGAGGUGGAGAGCUGUCUCAUUCCGAUAGCUCCAGACCCUUCAUAUAUUUAUGCCUCCCAGCGUUCUCAGACCGUUGUUCAGUAUGCCCAGCCUAUUACCUCUGUUCCGCCCAGCUCUAGCUCGGGCAAGAGGAAGUCCGACUUUCAGAACAAAAAGAAGGGAAAGAAGGGGAAUUUCGGUCAUCGCAAUAAUCGCCCCACCGGAAACCAUACCUGCCCGAGAUGCGGCAAGUUCCAUGGAGGCGAGUGCCUCACGAACCAGCGCUCAUGUUUCAACUGCAACCGUCCAGGGCACUAUGCCAAUCAGCAGCAACCCCCAGUAUUUCAGCAGAAGGCUGGGGGUCAGGCCAUAGUCUACACCGUUGCUCAUGACGAGGCGGCCAACAACGCAGGUACCAUGUCUGGAAUGCUUUCUAUAUUCAAUGUGCCUGUUUUUGCAUUAUGUGACACUGGAGCCACCCAUUCAUUUAUAUCUUCUCGAUGCCUGGAGGCUUUAACUCUUAGCGAGGUGUGCAAGGUCGAUCCUCUCGAGGUUAGUCUAGCCUCGGGAAAAAAUAUUAUCUCUGAUUCCUUGGUUCGUGAUUUUCCUAUUUCUAUCGGUGGGGGCCUUGUUCUCGGUAGUAUAGUAUACCCAACUUUA